CGCUCGCAGCCAACUCGCAGCUUACGUCCUACGUCGUAUAUGGACGCUAUUUGAUUUAUAUCCUUUCUUCGAUUCGAAUUCGAUUGCUAUUGUAGUAUUAGUUUUCCGAAACCAUGUCUAACGACUACGGUUUCAACAGCGAUGAUUCUCCUAACAAAACUAAUUCACACUUGCAGCUUCCUAGUCCUAUUAUUACUCGCCGAAACCGGACCGCCUCGACAUCUGAACGAGCUCUAGGAAAUCCAUUAGAAAGUGGUAAAAUUAAGUCAUUUUGUCGGGCGAAAGGUCAUGGAUUUGUGACCCCUGAAAAAAGUGGCGAAGACAUAUUUGUACACAUCUCUGACAUUGAAGGUGAGUAUGUUCCUCUGCCUGGUGAUGAAGUCAUUUACCGCCUGUGCCCCAUCCCACCCAAGUUCGAAAAGUUUCAAGCUGUUCAUGUGCGCAUAGUGCACCUGACUCCAGAGAAGCACCUAAAGUGGGACGAACCCCCGCUGUAACUACCUAAGAACAGAUUUGCCCAAUAUUUACACUUUGUUUUUGCGAUUAUCUCCCUUGCCAUAUCACUCCACCAUGUUUUUAAUUAAAACAAUUUGUAGAAGAACUUGUGUUCUGUCUUGUUUAGAUAAUAUUAUUUUUUGUUUUUAUUUGGUGGUCCUCUGAAUCUCCUUUAAAAUAAAUGCUUUUAAUAAUUUGAAUCCUAUACAAAAGUGACACAUUUUACUUUAUUCUGAAUAAUUCAAGUUAUUUGAGUUGAAAUGAACAUAAUUUGCAAACGCUGUCUUUACAAUAUGAAAUUUCUUACUAAGAAAUUAAGGUUGAUUAUUGAACACUUGUAAAUGUUCAUUUCAGAUAAUUCCUACCAUAAUAAUAUUAUCUAAAGUGACAGGAGACUGGCCUAAUAAACUUACCUCAGACACGAUCACAUGACACUAAACUCCCAUUUUGUUUGAACAAAAUAAUGAAUUUAAGGUUGUGUUACUAUAGUAUAUUGUACACAAUAAAUUCAGUACUGAAAAAGUGAGAAGCCAAUAUUGUGGUGCUAAAUUUUUGAAGGUUUUACCAUCAUCUUAAGAUUUUGAUAUCAUUGUAGUCAUACAGAGUGGGUAACGGCUUCUUGCAUGUACUAUUAGAUGUGUAGUUGGACCACUGUCAAUAUAAAUGUGAUGUAAAAUUGUUUUAUGCAGGGGGUAAACGCUGGUUGUGGUUCUGUUCCUCCUAAGAAGAUCAUUUUAGUGUUUUAGCAAGAGACAAGCUGAUGACUUUUUGACACAUUUAAGGUUUCCACUGUAUAAGUAAGUUUUAAUUUCAUUGUUUAUCUGCAACAUUCCUGUCUUUGAGACUUAUUCCUUUAUUAUGCAGUUAUAAAAAUAUAAAAAAAAUUAUAUUAAUGAUGGUUAGUGAGUUGGCAACUUUGUGUUGUGGUCUAACUUGCACAAAAUAUGAAGUACUUAUUUAAUUCGUAAUUUAAUUAAAACGAAUUAUUUGGCCUAAAUGUAGCUUUAUAUAUUAACUGAAGUCAGUGUCUUAUGUUGCAUUGUUAAUUUUUUAAAUGUAGUAACCACAAGAGAAAGAAAUGUUACCAGACAUGACAUUGUCAUGAAAGUCUGCAUCAAAUAGAUAGUCACGGCCAAAAUUAACCCCUUAUACGUAGAUUGGCCACUUGGCCGAGGUCGGUUUUUUUUACUAAUAAAAUAUAUUUAUGAUAUCUAGUUCAGUUUAUAAUUAUAUUAUAGUAGUGUGCCUACGUAAAAAAAUAUUCAAUUUAAGAUAAUUUGAUUUGUUCCCUAGUUGUCUGUUUGUUUCUUUACUCUUGUGAUAGUUGUGAUGUUAUAUAGCACAAAUCAAUUGUGCCACUAUUUGUGAUAGGAUAUCAAUCAAAGAUCUAACGUUAUCACUACAUUAAGAUGUAUUUUAAUUCUAUAGGUGUUCGUUCUUUACUUGUACUCUUAACGAAACGAUCAAUGAAUUUAAAAACGAUAAUAAAUGUUAUGCCCGUUUUAUACCUCCUACCAAUCCAAAAAGCAUUUUACAGUAUUUAAAUAUUUCAAGAUUGUGUAAAUGAAAAUUACGAACAAUUCAAUGUAUAUUAUUAAUGUGUUUUUAACCUAUUUAAUGUUUUUAAUUAUGGGUGGGUUGCUAAUGUUGCUAUAAGCCUCUGUUUCUAAUAUACGUAUAUUACGUAUACAGAGAAUACGUAAAUCAACGUUUUUCUUGUAGUAUUUUUCGGUUAUAUUAUAGCAGUUAUUAGUUGUUGCAGUAACCCGCCCUUUUUGCAGUAUUUUAUUUGUAAUUCCCCUCUACUUUUGUAUGUCAUGCUCGAGUUAGCUACCGUACUUAGUAUAUUAUAAUUAUAGAUAUGACAGCGAAUAUAACUUCUAUGUGUAAGCA